CCCGGAUUCAUAACAACAGCUGAAAAGGGCUAAUCGGUUAGCCCGAAGGCUACGUGUGUUGCGCAGCUUGUGUUGCGUUUUACGAACGGUUACAUUAACCUAACCGGAACAUGGAAGAUAUCCAUGAUACGGUAGCUUAAAGGCUAAAGUCUCACUCCGAUUGAACCGCGAAAACGUUCGGACUGAAGCUAACAGUACCACGGUUCCGUGAUCCGCAGCAUCCCUGAACGUCUGUCAGGUGUCUGGUGACGGGUCUGAAUUGUUUAAAGACGUGUCCUGAUGGGGAACCAGCUGGCCGGCAUCGCCCCCUCUCAGAUCCUCUCUGUGGACAGCUACUUCUCAGACAUCCAUGACCAUGAAUACGACAAAAGUCUGGGCAGCACCCGAUUCUUCAAGGUGGCCCGGGCCAAACACCGGGAGGGCCUUGUGGUGGUGAAGGUGUUUGCCAUCCAAGACCCGUCACUUCCUCUGACCAGCUACAAACAGGAGCUGGAGGAGUUGAAGAUCCGCCUGCAUUCCUGUCAGAACUGUCUGCCCUUCCAGAAAACCUCCCUGACGGAGAAGGCUGCCAUCCUCUUUCGCCAGUACGUCCGGGACAACCUGUACGACCGUAUCAGUACUCGGCCAUUUCUUAACAAUGUGGAGAAGCGCUGGAUCGCCUUCCAGAUCCUCAACUCUGUUGACCAGGCGCACAAGGCCGGUGUCCGCCAUGGAGACAUCAAGACGGAGAAUGUGAUGGUGACCAGCUGGAACUGGGUGCUGCUCACUGACUUUGCCAGCUUCAAGCCCACCUACCUGCCAGAGGACAACCCCGCCGACUUUAACUACUUCUUCGACACGUCCAGACGUAGAACGUGCUACGUUGCUCCAGAGAGGUUUGUUGAUGGAAGCAUGUUUACCACCGAGAGCGACCAGAACACACCGCUGGUGGACCUGACAAACAACAACCAGAGGAGCCGAGGAGAGCUCAAGCAGGCCAUGGACAUCUUCUCUGCAGGUUGUGUGAUUGCUGAGUUGUUCACCGAGGGCGUUCCUCUCUUCGAUCUGUCCCAGCUGCUGGCGUAUCGGAAAGGCCACUUCCAGGCAGAGCAGGUCCUCCUGAAGAUCGAGGAUCAGAGCAUCAGAGAGCUGGUGGUUCAGAUGGUUCAGCGGGAGCCGGAGAAACGUCUGUCGGCCGAGGAAUAUCUGAAACGGCAGCGAGGAAAAGCAUUCCCUGACAUUUUCUACACCUUCCUGCAGCCGUACAUGGCCCAAUUUGCCAAAGAGACCUUCCAGUCUGCAGAUGAACGGGUCCUCAUCAUACGCAAAGACCUUGACAACAUCCUGCACAACCUGAGAGGAGGCUCCUCCUCCUCCUCCUCCUCUUCAUCCCAGGACGGCAGCCAAGGAGUAGGACGCCCCCAGGAGGAGCAGGGUCUUGUGGUGCUGGUUUCCGUCAUCACCUCCUGCCUGCAGACGCUGCACUCCUGUGACUCCAAGCUGGCCGCAUUGGAGCUCACCCUGCACCUGGCGCCGCAGCUCGGCGUGGAUAUCCUGCUGGACCGCAUCACGCCGUACUUGCUGCACUUCUGCAGCGACCCUAUGCCUCGUGUGCGCGCACAGGCCAUCAGAACACUCACCAAGGUUCUGGCGCUGGUGAAGGAGGUGCCCAGAAAUGACAUCAACAUCUACCCGGAGUACAUCCUGCCGGGCAUUGCUCACCUGGCUCAGGAUGAUGCCACCAUCGUCAGGUUGGCGUAUGCAGAGAACAUUGCCCACCUGGCAGAGAGCGCGCUGCGGUUCCUGGAGCUGGUUCAGGAGAACAACGUGAACACGGAACAGGACCUGAGUGGAGAGGACACAGAGGAAACCAACCACCCCAAUGAGAAUUACGACUCAGAGCUGCAGGCGCUGCAUGAGAUGGUGCAGCAGAAGGUGGUGACGCUGCUCAGCGACUCGGAGAACAUCGUCAAACAGUCGCUGAUGGAAAACGGCAUCACGCGCCUCUGCGUUUUCUUCGGCAGACAGAAAGCCAACGACGUCCUGCUGUCCCACAUGAUCACCUUCCUGAACGAUAAGAACGACUGGCACCUGCGGGGGGCGUUCUUUGACAGCAUCGUGGGUGUGGCGGCCUACGUGGGCUGGCAGAGCUCAUCCAUCCUGAAGCCGCUCCUGCAGCAGGGUCUGAGCGACACCGAGGAGUUUGUCAUCUACAAAGCUCUGAACGCCCUCACCUGCAUGUGUCAGCUGGGCCUGCUGCAGAAACCGCACAUCUACGAGUUCGUCAGCGACAUUGCUCCUUUCCUGUGUCACCCCAACCUGUGGAUCCGCUACGGGGCGGUUGGCUUCAUCACCAUCGUUGCUCAGAACCUCAACGUGGCUGACAUCUACUGCAAACUGAUGCCUCACCUGAACGCCUUCAUCAUGCAGCCCAUCAUCCAGAUUGAUAAGGAGCUGGUUCUGCUGAGCGUCCUGAAGGAGCCGGUGAGUCGCUCCAUCUUUGACUACGCGCUGCGGUCCAGAGACAUCGCUAGCCUCUUCCGACACCUGCUUCUGCGCCAGAAGAAGAGGGCGGGUUCCAUUCCCGAGUGUCCGACUCCCGAUGACCCGGCCAUCGCUCAGCUCCUCAAGAAGCUGCUGUCUCAGGGCAUGACGGAGGCAGAGGAGGACAAGCUGCUCGCCCUCAAGGACUUCAUGCUAAAGUCCAACAAGGCCAAAGCCAACAUGGGCGACCCGGGUCACCUGGGAGAGGCGGGGCUAACCGGCAUCAUCGACCUGGCCAUGCUUGGGAUCACCGGGCGACAGGUCGACCUAGUCAAGCCCAAAGCGGAGGCAGAUGACAAGAGAGCGAGGAAACAAACCAAGCAGGACGCCAUGAUGAACGAGGAGUGGAGGAGCAUGUUUGGGUCUCAGGAACCGCCAAGCGCACAACCGGCAGUGGUAACACAACACACUCACAACAGCCUCCACCCCCCCAGUCAGCUGAUUUCCUGUUUUACUCUUUUCCAGGCCCCUGAUGGCUCUGUCACUCAGAUGAAGAAGACAGCGGCUCCGGUGGCGCCCGCCGCACAGACAGUGGCAAGUGGCCCCGCCUACCAGCGGCGCAUCAAUACCUGUAAGGUGGAGCUUCAGCAGCUGGUGCAGCAGAAGAGGGAGCAGUGCAGCGCUGAGCGCAUGGCCAAGCAGAUGAUGGAGAGCGCUGAGUGGGAGAGCCGCCCACCCCCACCAGGGUGGCACCCGAAGGGUCUGCUGGUCGCUCACCUGCAUGAACACAAAGCUGCUGUUAACCGAAUCCAAGUGUCUGACGAACACGCCGUCUUCGCCACGGCCUCCAACGAUGGAUCCGUCAAAGUCUGGGACAGUCAGAAGAUGGAGGGGAAAACCACGACCACCAGGUCUGUACUGACGUACUCUCGGGUUGGAGGUCACGUGAAGACGCUGACGUUCUGCCAGGGUUCUCACUACCUAGCCGUGGCUUCAGAUAACGGAUCCAUCCAGCUGCUCUCCGUCGAAGCAAACAAGCCCCCAAAGUCUCCCAAAGUCCAGCCGUUUCAGUCCAGGUCUCUGGACCUUCAGGAGGAUGGCUGCGCCGUGGAUAUCCAUCACUUUAACUCAGGAGCCCAGUCGGUUCUGGCGUAUGCCACCGUUAACGGGUCACUGGUGGGCUGGGACCUCCGAUCCAACUCCAACGCCUGGACACUACGUCAUGACCUUCGACAUGGACUCAUCACAUCCUUCAGUGUGGACAUGCACCAGUGCUGGCUAUGCCUAGGUACAAGCAGCGGCAUCAUGGCAUGCUGGGAUAUGCGGUUUCAGCUCCCCAUCUCAAACCACUCCCACCCGGCCCGGGCGCGGGUCCGAAGGCUGCUGAUGCACCCGCUGUACCAGUCCUCUGUGAUUGCAGCGGUCCAGGGAAACAACGAGGUGUCCAUCUGGGACAUGGAGACCGGUGAUCGGAAGUUCACGCUCUGGGCCAGCUCGGCGCCGCCGCUUUCUGAGAUGCAGCCGUCGCCUCACAGCGUCCACGGGAUCUACUGUAGUCCUGCUGAAGGGAACCCUCUACUGCUGACGGCUGGGUCUGACAUGAGGAUCAGGUUCUGGGACUUGGCCUAUCCAGAGAGGUCCUACAUUGUGGCUGGAGGAGCCAACGACUCGCUGCAUUGUCCAUCUGUCCUCUACAGCCGCAAGAUCAUCGAAGGGACCGAGGUGGUCCAGGAGAUCCACAGUAAACAGAAGAGCGGAGCUCCAGAGGACUCUCCUCGCCACGGCCUUGAGUCACUUCCUGUUGGACACCAUGACAUCAUCACGGACAUCGCCACCUUCCAGACCACACAGGGAUUCAUCGUCACCUCGUCCAGAGAUGGAAUCGUCAAAGUGUGGAAGUGAAACUGGAACGAACAUUUGGAGUCUAAAUUUGUUUUUUUUACAUAAAACUCAAAAACUGAUGACUGCAGAUUGCUGCUGAUUGAUGCCCCUCCCCCACCUGAUGCCCCUCCCCCUCCGAUAACUAGCUGCUGUUUACAACAUUUAGACUGCUCAGGGCGGAGCCUCUACUUUGAUUCGGUUUUAGCAGAACCUACCUGAUGAACAUCCAGGGGUCUGAUGGGAAAGACCUUCAGUUGAUUGGUCGUAGCUGCUGUCGGUCACUCUCAGCUCUAACCAAUCAGAUGAGUGUUUAUUGUGAACUCACCUGUUGGUCUUGUUCUGCUUCAGUUGGAUGGUUUUAAAUCAGAACUCCAAACAAACCCGAAGGUUCCAUCAGAACUUGGUUCUGUAGGUUUUCUGGUGCAUUUAUUUCAGGCUAAAAUACUGAAUAAAAACAGUUUUCUUCAAAAGAAGCUAAGUUUAAAAUGUGGGGGAAGUGAAACCCAGGCUGCAGGGUGGAGAGGUGCGAAACAUCUCACAUUAGGAACCGGGUCAGAGUUUGAUCCAUCUUUAAUAAAAUAAGAUUCAGACGCUGUUGAUAAACUCUUUAAUAUCAGCUGAUUCCUUCUAUAAACAUCCACCUGAUUUCAUGACAGGAAACACGUGACUGGGAAGAGUUCAUGUCCAGUAGGAAGUUGAGCCCAGGAACAGGAAGUGCUCAGGAGUACAAAGGCACUGAAGGGUCACGUCAUGUUUUCCGAUUUCUCUGAUUCACAGAAACGGGUUGUAAGUUGGUCGGACCAGAACCUCCGAACCAGUAAUAAAUACGUCACAUUUAAUGCGA